AUGGCUACUGCAGAUGAGGCCGCCAACGCCUCGCUCCAAUCUGGCGGCGGUUCUGUCCCAGCCAAACGGACAAUCCAAGCUCUCAGCAGCACCUCGCUCGCCUAUCUAAAGCGCCUUUUCGAGUCUCACGCCACCCCCGAAGGAAAGUGGACAAGUGAUCAGGUCAGAGUCUUUUCGCAAAAAGUCCAGGGCAAUGGCACAACGCCUGCAACUUCGGAUGCGCUACUCAAUGCCCCCGAACUCGAUCUCAACGGCUUCCUUGCCUACAUGACUUCUUCAUUGAGCGACGCCAUCUUGCCAAUGAAGAAUGAGGACUUUUCAUGGCCGCUGGCCAGCUACUACAUCAGCUCCAGUCACAAUACGUAUCUGACGGGCAACCAGCUGUCGAGUAAUAGUACCACCGGCGCUUACACCAACGUGCUGCUGAGAGGGUGUCGCUGCGUCGAAAUCGACGUCUGGGAUGGCGAUGAGAGCGACGCAGAGACUUCGUCAUCAGACAGCGAGACGAGCGAUGAUGAAGCAGCGGCAAAAAAGGCAGAGCUCAAAAAGAAGAAGAAGGAGCACAAGGACAAGGCAAAGUCUAGCUGGGGGGACCAGCUGAAAAGCAAGAUGGAGAAGAUCAACAUUAGCAAGAAAAUCGACAAGAUGGAAGAGAAGGCAACCGAGAAGGUGGCAGAGAUAGAGGAGGCCGUGAAGAGAAAGUCAGAUUCACCCUCCGCGGCAGAGCCGAGAGUCCUCCACGGACACACACUCACAAAGGACGUUCCUUUCCGGGAUGUUUGUGUUGCUAUUCGAGAGAGCGCAUUCGUCGUCUCAGAAAUGCCGCUGAUUGUGAGCCUGGAAGUCCACUGCAGUCCCAAACAGCAGAUCGUCAUGGUGGACAUCAUGAAGGAGGUCUGGGAUGGUCUCCUAGUGACCGACCCAGACUGUGAUGUCGAGGCGCUGCCCAGCCCCCACGACCUGAGACGCAAGAUUCUCAUCAAGACCAAAUACGUCCCAGCCGGUACGCCCCUUGAUAAGGUCGACACCAUACGGAGCGAACAGGUCCCAACGCCCAGCGGCGCACAGCCAAAGCCCGCCAAGACGAUCCAAGAGCUCGCCCGCCUUGCAAUCUACACCCAGGGAGUGACAUUCAAGAAUUGGACGCAACCAGAAGCUACGAUGCCCACGCACAUGUUCUCGAUAUCCGAGAAGAAGUUCAUCGAGUACCAUGAAAAGCAGUGGACAACUCUCUUCAAUCACAACAAGCGAUAUUUCUUGAGGGCUUAUCCAUCAGGAUUCCGAAUUGGAUCUUCCAACUUGAACCCGUCCAUUUUCUGGGGCGGCGGUGCUCAGAUUAUCGCCUUGAAUUGGCAAGAAACUGACCAAGGCAUGAUGCUGAACGAAGGCAUGUUUGUAGGAACAAGCGGCUAUGUCCUAAAACCAGAGGGAUACCGCCCUUCGCUCACAUCGAAGGAGGAAGAUGCUUCCAAACCCAUCACCAUCACCCGCAAGCCCGUAUCCCUCGCCUUCACCUUCCUUUCCGCCCAAAACAUCCCCCUCCCACCAGGCGACAAGUCCGCCAAGGGCUUUAAGCCGUACAUCAAAGUCGAACUCCACGUGGAAGGCUCCAAAAAUAGUCACGCAGAGAGCGAUGGCCACGUCCAUGAGAGCGAGUACAAGGUCCGCACCAAGACGUACAAAGGCUGUGACGUUGACCUAGGCGCGGAGAAGCUUGAGUUCAAGGGCGUUCCUGGGGUGGUCGAAGAACUUACGUUUGUGAGAUUUACGAUACGAGAUGAUGAGAUUGGCAGGGAUGAACUAGCGGCGUGGGCGUGUGUGCGCCUCGAUCGUCUUGGCCAGGGGUAUAGAUUUGUCCAUUUGAGGAAUACGAAGGGAGCUGCAACAGACGGAGCAUUACUGGUCAAGAUAGAAAGGCUUUCAACGUAG